AUGCACGAAUUGCUGAAGCACGUGCUUACUGAGCGCGACCUCACUCGUGCAGGGGACAUAUUCGCAAUUCCCGAUUCUGACAUCGUCAACGAUAUCAACGAAGUCUUAAAACAAAUUACCGAAAUUUCCUCCAGACCUGAUUACAUUCGUAAUGAUAGAGACCAGGCUUUAAUUGAAAUAUGUGUCACAAGAGUAACAUCCUGCAUUAAAGAGACUGGAACUUUGGCAAAGUACUGUAGUGCACUAGUUGCUUUGCUAGAGUCCUGUCUUCAUCACAAUCUUAUGCCAGUUGGACAUCUAAGAGAUGAUGAUCCACCACAUGCCAAAAUUGCCUCCGAUGUAAUUUCUUGUAUUGUGCUUGUAUCAUUCCCUUUACAAUCUGAAAAGGAUACAAGCAGUACUGCAGAAGUUAUGGAGUUAUUUCUUCCUGUAGCUGUACAAUUCUUGCAUAAGGGAAACCGUGAGAUAUCCAGACAUAUGGCUAGAUAUUUGUCAUUAGCGGCUGUCCAUCAUGCAGGACUUUUGAAACCACAUGUACAAACAAUUAUGGACUCUAUUAUGUCAGGCAACUACCCUCUAUGUCGCAUCCUAACCAAUUUAUAUGAAGUGUGUCCUGAGCCGCUCGAGGGGCAUGUUACUGCUUUAGUAGCAUUGCUUCCUCAUGCGGAACCAGUGGAGAAAAGUUCGCUUUUUGGUCUAUUUGAACAAAUUGCAUCAAGAAGGCCAGAAGCUUUAAAGACUGCAGUACCGCAAUUGUUGUCAUAUUUAUGCCCGAACACUGCACCUCAAAAUGACCCAGGUUGCAUGUGCAUUGAUCUUCUUCAGGUGAUUGCCAGCGUGAGCGCCAGCCGCCCUUCCCUAGUGGUGGAGCAGACGGGAGUGAUAAAGCGCGCCGCCCGCCCGCCGCACUCCAGCCCUCAAAGCGCUGCCCUUAUCGCCACUAUACUGGCUCGUCUUGGAACCACUAGUCGGGAACGAGCCCAAGAAGCCUUGAACUUUGUAGUUGAACGGCUACACGGAGCGGAAUGGUCGGAGCAAGCGGGCUUAAUCCGAGAAGCGACCGCGCUUUGUAGCGCUUACCCUGCCUUAUUUACUGAUCGACUUCUUGCCGCCUUACGAGCCAACCAUGGUAAUCGCCCAAAAUCAACACAUGGCGAAAUAAACCGAACCUCGGGUGGUGUAACCAUCGUUAAACUUAACCAGAAUUCAAACGACAUAAUAACAAGGCCAAUAACCGGGCCCCCAGGUCCUGUUGCCCUGGGACCCUCGGGUAAUACUGGGACUCCGGCGGUAAAUACUGGGGCCCCAGUGGGGUACACGAGAAGGGCUAAGUUGGGCGAUUCCCGAAGUACGGGUAGAUUACACCCGGGACCUAAUUCUCAUAGGAGCAUGACAAGAUUGAAUGUUGCUGGUGGUUCAGUGGGCGGGCUACACAAGAGCAUGACGCGACUUUCCUCCUCACAACAGAUUAAUGCACAAAACGCCAACCUUCCAGCACCAGUUCCAAACAAAAACAUCGUGAGCAAAGCUAUAAGUGGUGCAACUCAGGGAUCGACAUCAACAACUUCGCCCCCUUUUUCUUCCCAAUCAAUAUCGGUAAACCCUCUUAUUGGCAAAUCAUCAGACAUCACUCCCAUAACUUCCUCGGUCUCCAUCCAACAUUCCAAUACAGCUCUCGGCCAAGUAUCAGUGAUCAGCUCACACACGGGACCAAUUUUGACGCAAACGGGACCGAUCUUGACCCAAAUAGGAUCAAACCCGGUCUCCAUAUCCGGCCCGGUGACAGUGACGUCCCGUAGAGCGAAUAAUACUAGUGUGACGAUGAUAAAUACGAAUAAUAGUGAUGGGAAUCAUCGAAUAUCGGUUUUUGAGCCUUACCCGAUGCGGGAUACGGUACAACACUUCUGCGAGAAGCAUUUGGAUAAGAUUAAGGCUUAUAUGGAUAAUGUGUCCAUGAGGAUACCUCCACCUGCCAAGUGUACUAUUGAAGAGCGUCGUUCCAAAAAGCAAGCUCGCCUACAAUUCGCUUGCGGGCGUCGCGGGCCUCAUUGCUUGUACGCACGCGGUGCGUUCUCGUUGCGUACGCGCGCGCCCCGCGUCUGGAUACAUCUCAUGUUCCUAGCAUUACAGGCAAGGCACACGGCUGCCUUGUCCUCGAGAGACCCCACGGUGGCCAGUCUCAAACACUGCUGGGAUAUACUCAAGUGCGAGAACAAGACCUUUCUCACACUCGUUACGAGCGCUUUUCCGGGGUUAAAGGAACAAGAAAUGUUGGUGAACGAGUUACGCGCGGCGGGUUUCUUCGACGUAUUCGAAGUUAGUGCUGGUGGGGCGUGGGGCUGUUUCCUUUGUACGCACCCGGACAGAGCUGUGGGUUUUCUGGCAGCAGAUGGCCAACCAGUUAUAGAAGGACAGUUGAAGGAGAAAAAGGGGAGAUGGAGGCUGUUCCGACGAUGGAGAACAAGGUACUUCACAUUGUCGGGCGCGCAUCUCUCUUGUAAAGGAUCGAGCGGUGGAGAAAGCAUAGACAUCAACCAGAUCCGGUCAGUAAAAGUGUCCCGCGGGGCCAGAAAUAUCCCGAAAGCGUUUGAGAUUUUUACCGGAGAUCAAACCCUGAUCCUCAAGCCCAAAGAUGGUAAGAAUGCCGAGGAAUGGGUGCAGUGCCUCAGUAUAGCAGUCGCUCACUCGCAAGCGAGAGACGCUCCUGCUAAAGCCAACAGCUUGCCAGCAAGAGGACUCACUCUCAAGAGCUUUUAA